AUGACAACAGAAAGCGACGAAGCUCCUCUGGUUGAACUUUCCAGUGAUAAAAUUCUUGAGAGGCCACAAUCAGGUUUAUGGCGGCUUUUUCAUGGAACACAUUACAUGAUUGGUGGCAUUACUUUUGUCACUGGAUCAUGUAUGUACUUUCCUGAUAUUUACAAUAAAUAUUCAUCUGCAUUAAGUAUUGGUGGAUGGCUUUUUACUAUUGGCUCAUUCUUCUUUUUACUUGCUGAUCUACAAGAAUGGUGGUAUUAUCGAGUUGGCUGCUGUUGUGAUCGUAAAUAUCGAACAGCAUUAGAAACGCAUGAUCAUACUCUAUUCCUUCAUCCACGAAACUCACUUCGUGGUCGAUAUGAACGAGCAGAAGUGGGAAUAAAUUUUUUUAUGUCUGCUUGUGGCUCUGCAUUUUAUCUAGCUGGAUCAAUAUUAUUUAUUCCAAUAUUCGACAAAGAGUUAAUUUAUGGUGAAUGGUUUUUUAUUGUUGGUUCAGCAUUUAUUUAUGUAUCUCAAGCUUGGAAAGUAUAUCGUUCUGCUACCAUUAAUAUUCAAGAUCGACAUGAUAGUCGAUUUCGUUUGUCAAAUUUCUUAAAUGAUAUUCCAGCAUUAGGUGUUGAUGGCUUUGCUGGUAUUGGUGGUGUUUUUUAUUUUAUUGGUACCAUCUUAUUUCUUCCAUCUUUCAAUAAAAGUGAAUCAGAUGCGGUUACCGUUGCAAUUCUAUUUGUAUGUGGUGGUACAGGUUUUACAUUAUCUGGACUUUUUCUUCAAUAUCGUCAUCAUUGUACUCAUCACGCAUAA